UAGAAGAUGAAAACGAUGCAAUAUCGCGUCUUGAAAGAUUAGAAGAUUAACAAUUUUCAACAACGUGAAAGGCCGCGAAAUUUCGACGUCGAACCAUCACGAAUGUUUGUGAUUACCUGCGAUAAACCUAAAACAUUUGGAUGGUUUUGAGGUUUUCCGCUCGAGACACUCAGAAGAAUGUCACAGACAUCGACAGAACCUCCAAUUUUGGCCAAACAAAUAUCUGUCCAGGAUAACACAAGAGGAAGAGAUACAGUUGAAAUCUAUAAAGCGAAGAGCGACGAUAUUUUAUCAACACAUGAAAAUAUUCAUUUGUUGACUUCCGAGAAACCGAGUUCGUUUGAACGCAAUUGCAAAGACCGAAUAAGCGGUAGACGCCGCUAUAAUAAUGCUUCAGAAAAACAGCAAAUGCGACAAGGUUCGAAAGAUUCCAGAAAAAAAAUACCGGAACUUUACAACGAUUACACAAGAUAUCAAUAUCAUCGAAAAUCAAAUAAAGAAAAGCAUCGAAAACACAAAUCAAGAUCGCAUCGAAAACGGAAAGAAGAGAUAACGACAGGUAGUUUACCAAAACUCUUUCAAAGAGUGAAAGAUUUCUUCACGAGAAAGACAGACAACAACAAGGAAAAUCGCAGGAAAAAAUCACCCAACAGAGAAAGAAAAGAACACGAACAUUUUCACCGACACGGCACGCAACGCGCUAAACACAAACGCGAACUUUCCGGGAAGCUAUUUCGCAGUGCAAGCGAUUCAGACCUUGAAGCGGUAAAACACCAUCGCCGCCAUCGAGGAUCGCUUCAUAAAAAAAGCACGAGAGAUGACAUGCUCCGACAAAAUAAACAUUGGAAGUCAAGGAGACAUCACGAUAAGCUAUCCAGCAUUUACGAGAGCAGUGAUCGCUCAGGGAGAACGGGUACUAGUGAUGGUGGGAAGUUAAUGGUUACCAGGAGAGGUAAGAUGACAUUCAAUGAUACUGACGGUUACAAGGAUACAGACACCAGGAGAAUGAACGGAAAAAUUCAUAAGAAACGCGAUACAAGCGAUGGUAGCCACUCACACGAGUCUUCGUCGCACGAAAAGAGACGGUCUUCACACCACAGGCGAUCGCGAAGUAAGGAGUACCAAAGUUUGAAAAAGAAAUGGGCAAAACAACACGAGAGUUUCGAGAAUGAUUUGGAGAAGAUGGAAAAGUUGCUAGAGAUGAUAGGAAUGAAGAAAACAGAGGGAUGGUUGGAAUUGAGGAGUUCUGAAAGCACCACUUUGUUAGAAAGACUUGAAGCAACUCAGGAGAAAUGCGUGGCUGAAGUUGACUUUACGCGUCACGUGCUCAUUUGUAAACUUCAGCGACUUGAGAAUAGACUGGAGGAGAGUUUAUCAAGUAUGGACUAUAGUAAUAAUAAUCAUUUGUUGAUGGAUAACCAAGGAAGAAGCGUCAACGAAAUAAGAGACGAAAUGUCCAAGGAGUAUAGAGAUCUGAGAAAAUUACUUGAAGAAACGAGUACUCAACUUAAACAGGUUUUGGAUGAAAAACAACCAACAGAAAUCGACGGAGAAGAAACAGCUUCACCUCUUCGAAAACGAUUAAACACUCAAAUUCGAGAAAGAAACGAAGAUGCAAGCACGACUGACGUUCCUUUCCCAGAGUUGUCUCACCAUCCUUUAAAUACUCGUGAUUCGAGAGAAAAAAAACUUGUGAAGCAGACCUCAACAAAAUCGGAAAAGAAAGACACUGCUCGUUCAAAGGCAAAAAAUGUAAGAACACAAAAAUCUGUAAACGAACGAACUAAAUCGACGAAAAAAGACAAAGUAGCGUUAGAAAAGGCGGGAAGAUCUUCCCCGACAAUCACACGAGUUACGACUUAUGUAUGAAACUUAUUCUCUAGAUUUUUGUAUGAACUGCAAGCUGUACAUUAUACAUGUAAAAUUGAAUAUACGAUAAUAUAUUUUUGUACGUAAA